GUGGAGGUGAAGCUUGUUCAGCUGCUAAGUUGAACAGACUGUAUGCAGGUCAGAGGGAGAUUGACAGCUGUGUGGCUCUCAUUCUUCUGUCCUCCACAAUCUCACUCACCACAGCUGCCAGAGUAAGGUUGCUGAACAGUGACAUUCGCUGUGCUGGGCGAGAUUCAUUGUAAUGCAACAUGGGGAACUUGCUCAGAAGGCCAAGACUUGCUGAUGGUUUUCAUCCCUGUUCUGGGAGAGUGGAGGUGCUUGAUGCAGAGACCUGGUGGACAGUGUGUGAUGCUGACUUUGACCAGCAGGAUGCAGAGGUUGUAUGUCGAGAGUUGGGCUGUGGGCUUCCUGUUCAGGUGCUGGGAUCAGCUGCUUUCGGCAGAGGGGAGGGUCAGGUAUGGUCAGAGGAGCUUUGGUGUAGAGGCAACGAAUCUGAUAUUCACUUCUGUCCAUCAUCAUCUUCACUCAAGCACAACUGCUCACAUGACAGUAAUGUGGGUUUGGUGUGUUCCGGUCACACUCAGGCUCAAAUGGUGAACGGUUUGGACUCCUGUUCUGGUCGAGUGGAGCUCAAGUACCUCAGUGAAUGGGGCUCAGUGUGUGAUGUAAGCUGGGAUAUGAGAGCUGCCAGUGUCCUCUGUGGUCAGCUGAAGUGUGGGAGUGCUGUGGCUGUGUUGGGGUCAGACUGGUUUGGGGAGGGGAGUGGCCAGAUCUGGGCUGAUGUGUUUGAUUGUCAGGGGAACGAAACACACCUGUCAAAAUGUCCCAUUUCAUCAUGGAGUCGAACUGCAUGCUCUCAUGAACAGGAUGCUGGAGUCAUCUGCAGUGGUUCCUCUCUGGCAUUUCAUGAUGGGCGAGUGAGGUUGUCUGGAGGGAUGGAGUGUGAGGGGAAGGUGGAGGUGUACUUUGGGCAGGACUGGAGGAGAGUUCUGCUGGACUCCUGGAGUGAGUCUGAGGCCUCUGUUGUCUGCAGACAGUUGGACUGUGGCUCUGUAUUCAGCUUCUCCAGCUCCUCUACAUCUAGUCCUGAACACAAUAACAUAUGUGUGAUGGGUUUCAGCUGUUCUGGGAGUGAAGCUCAUCUGGGGAACUGCAGCAGCGCACAAGCGGUCAACUGCAGUUCCAGAGAACAGCUCUCAAUCACCUGCUCUGGUAAGUUUAAUUCAGCUCACAGCUCCAUCAGGCUGGUUGGUUCUGGGGGAGACUGUGCAGGAAGGCUGGAGGUUUUCCACAGUGGCUCAUGGGGGACAGUGAGUGAUGACUUGUGGGAUAUUGAGGAUGCACAAGUGGUCUGCAGACAGCUGCAGUGUGGAGUGGCCCUCACUUCCCAGGUACCAGCUUGGUUUGGACCUGGAACUGGACCCAUAUGGCUGAAUGAGGUAGAGUGUGAUGGGAGUGAGACGUUGCUGUGGAACUGCAGAUUUCACCUGUGUGGAGAGAAUGAAUGUGGACACAAGGACGAUGUAGGAGUCGUGUGUUCAGAAUUUAAAGAGUUCAGACUCACUGAGGGCUGUGAGGGGAAUCUGGAAGUUUUCUACAAUGGAACCUGGGGUAAUGUGUGUGUAAAUGGGAUGGAUACAAAUACAAUAAGUCUCAUCUGUCAAGAGCUGAACUGUGGAAGAUCUGGCCAUGACAGGGCUUCCAAAGCAAGAGUGGAAUUAGCUCCUAACUGGCUGGUCAAUCUGAAAUGUAGGAAACAUGACUCCACUCUGUGGCACUGUCCAUCUUCACCCUGGGGACAGAAUAUGUGUAUUAAUGGUAACAAGAUGCCUCAAAUUACCUGCUCAGGUAAAGAGAAAAAUAAUCAUGUGUUAAGAAGCUUUCUGACAUGUUCUUCAUCUCCUCAUCACAGACAGUGCUCAAAUCACCUGCCUCUGAGACUGAAGGGAGGAGAAGGAAUCUGCUCUGGGAGGCUGGAGGUGUAUCAUAACGCUGAGUGGGGGUCUGUCUGUGAUGAUAUGUGGGACAUCAAGGACGCUCAGGUGGUCUGCAGGCAGCUGGGCUGUGGGCCAGCACUGAGUGCUAAUGGGAGUGCUGACUUUGGUGCUGGUGAAGGGCCUAUCUGGCUGAACAGAGUGAAGUGUAGAGGGAAUGAGAUUCACCUGUGGGACUGUACUCAUUCCCUAGAGAACCACACUGACUGCUCCCACAGGCAGGACACUGGAGUUAACUGUACAGUUGGUCAGAGAGGAAAGCUAACAACCACUCCAUCGCCAGGUGACCUGUCCAUCUAUUUGGUGUCUCUCCUGGUUCUGGGAACGGUGCUCUUCCUGGCCUUAGUGCUUCUGGUUGUGCUGUUUUACCGGAAGAGAGUGCUCAGGAGAGUGCCCUCUGAGAGGGGGCAAAAUCCUAUCUAUGAAGGCCUGAAUAGAGGGACUGAGGAUAUCUAUGAGGAGAUUGACCACAGAUUCAGCACUGAAAGAACAACUAUCUCAACACAAAGGGAAAAAGUCUCCCCGCGACUCUGAUGGAGUAGCAGAUUAGAAAAUGGAUGGAUGGAUGGAGAAAAAGUCUCUAACUGGAAUAAAGUCAGAAAAUGAUGUCACCACUAGUGGGUUUUUUUAUUAAUGAAUCACCUGAAAAACCUAUAACAUCCAACCCAAUAACACACAACCAUGAUAACAUCAUCACUUCUGGAUAGAUCUCUGAUAGUGCGGCAGGUGUGUUUCUGUUUUGGAGUUUUAGUUAAGAAAAAAAAAAGCAGAAAUGAAAUGAAACAUCAUAGUUUUGUAUUUUAUAUUCACAAGGAAUUGAAAGCAUAUAACAAAUGCUGUAAGAAUUUAUUAAUGAAAGUCUGUGACUACUGUCCUCUGCACUGUGCAGCCACAUCCUUAAAGUAAUGUGUUUAAUUAAAAUGCUCCUCACUUUAGUGUAGAGGAUGAAUCAGAGAGUUGUGAUAAUUUGUCUGUCAUAAUGAUGAAAGCAGCCAUAAUUACACUGAUUUCAUAACAUUUUGACAGACAACAGGGCAGAGUUAUAAUGCUGUGUUAACCACUGGACUGAACUCCAACAUCAUGCAUUUCAUUUUUUAAUUCAGAAAAUGAAUUCAGGAAACCUUCAGUGCAGUAAUAACGCUUUUAUAGCUAAAUGUUAUGAUUUAUUAUCCUCCUCCCAUAUUGGUGUAGUGGCCACACCAGAGAACAUCUGCUGGAUGAGAUGUAGUUGGCACAGUAUGUGUGUGUGCAUUUGUGUGUAUGUGUGUGUGAUGGAGGGGUUUCCAUGGUUACAUGGUGAGAGCCUCUCCAUUUUGUGUCUUGGAUCACUGCGGCUCCUCCCACUCAGAGCCUCACAUGCUCGUAGCUCAUUCUGGGACUCAUAUGGUCACAUAUAUGUACUCCACUGUUUGGCCUCACAGGUUGUGAAGUAUAAUUUUGCUUUCAGAGCCAUGUGUUCUUUUAUUAGUAGUUACCUGAUUGAUUAUUGCCUUUUAUCCUGUUUUUUUAUUCAUGUCUAUAAAAUAUUUGCUUCUGAUGUCCUUGUCCAGGUGUUUUUGUACAUUGCUUCUGGAUUCUGAGUGUUGGAUUUGCCCUGAUAAAGCCACUCUACACAUGUCUGUCUCAACUAAUGUCU